UACAAAGUUGCUGCGACGCGCCGGAGCCGGGACCCCCCCGGGAGACAGAGCCAGGUGCCCCCGGCCCAGCGCCCCGCUCAGCCCGGAGCAGGUGGGAUCCGGGCUGUCCUGGGACCAGAGCAGGAAUGGCUGAGAACUCAGACUCCCGGGACUCGGAUAACAGCUGGGUGAUCGCAGGCUCCGAGGGUUUGCCUGUGGAGACCGUGGGCCCAGAGCUGGGCACAGUCAUCCAGACUCCAGUGGACGAGGAACCAGCAGGACACACCUUCCCGGAGGGGCACAGCACUGAGGAUGUGCACACGGGCACGAAGAGUGAAGGCUCCCAGCUGAACAUGUCCCCUGGCCCUGAGGAGGCUGAAUUCAAUGACUCUGAGGAGUGUCCCCAGGAGACCCUGAGCCUAGCAGCCUCCCCCAGGCCUGGUGCACAGGGCCACGAGGCGCCAGAGAUCCAGGCACAGGAUGGGCCAGGCUCUGAGGACCCCGAGCUGGGCUCUGACACCAACACCCUGGGCUCCGCGCCCAGUGGCAGAGCAGGUGAGCCGCCGGAGGAGGUGAGCAGCAGUGAGGAUGAUGCUGAGGGUCUGCAGCAGUGGCAGCUGCGGGACUCACACCGGGCCCCGUGUGGCCCUGCCGAGCGCCGUGGGGCCGAGGCAGCCGGUGACGGGGAGAGCGGGCUCAGUGUGAAUUCAUGCCUGCUAGGCGUGCUGGCGCUGCUGGGCGUCGGGCUCCUGACCUUCUCCGGUGCCAUCUAUGACCCUGGGGAUGGCCCUACGGAGAGCAUGGAUCCUGGGGACAUCCCAGAUGGGGAGCAGCAGCCACUGGCUGCUGGUGUGAAGGACUGGCUGCAGCAGCCUCCGCUGCACUCAGCCGGGGACCCCCAGAGCCUUCACUCCAUGAGCCUACUUCUGGACAAGCUGGCCAAGGAGAACCAGGACAUCCGGCUCAUGCAGGCAGAGCUGCAGGCACAGAAGGACGAGCUCCAGGCCCUGCUGCAGAAGAGCGAGGGGGAGAAGGCGUCGGCCGGCUCCCAGCAGCAGAGCCUGGCAGGGGAGAAUGCGCGGCUCCACCAGGCGCUGCAGCAGGCGGCCGAGGCUCACCGCUCUGCCCAGGCCGAGCUGCAGGUGCUGCGGGAGCAGCUGCAGGGCCUGGAGCAGGAGGGUGCAGCCGAGACCCCACGAGCGGCCCCAGAGCUGCCCAACGAGGAUCAGCUGCUGCACCAGGAGCUGGCCAAGCAGCGUGGGCUGCUGGGCUCCGUGCAGCGGGAGCUGGAGGGGGCUCUGCAGCGAGCCCAGGGCUCCGGCGGGAUGGAGCAGCUGCGGGUGGAGCUGGCUGGUUUGGAGCAGCAGCUGGCACAGGAGCUGCAGCGGGUGGAGAGCUGGGAACAGAACUACAGCAAAGGGCGCAGCGGGGAAGGCAGAGGGGCCACGGAGCCGUCCCGCCCCCGCCGGCAGGAGCCAUCCAAAACUGACAAGAAGGAGGGUGGGUGGCACAAGAGGUCAGAGGCCAGAGAGGAGCGUAGGCGCCAGCACGGGGACCUGGGGGACAGGGAGCAGGAUGGUGCCAAGCGCCCGAAGCGCAGGGAGCAGCCCGAGCCCCACAGGCGCCAGGGGCCGCGGGACACCAAGCCAGCCAAGGACCAGAAUGGGCAGCGGCGGGCGGGCGGAGGGAAGGCGGCGCUCCACGGGACCCACGAGCACAACGUCUUCUGGGAGCCGCCCCGGCUGCAGCGGUACCGGGCGCCCCAGGGCUGCACGGGCGUGGCCGGCUGCGCCCGCCAGGAGGGGCUGGAGCUGUUUGGUGCCGAGCUGGCACCAGUGCAGAAGGGGCAGUUCCUGCAGCUACUGCAGGGCUACAUGGCUGGGCUGGGCUGGGGGCAGCACUUCGCGGGGGUGGCGGCCCGGCUGGACGGCGCCUUCGCCAGUGACGGCACCUUCGCCCACGACCGCCUGUGCUUCCGCCACUUCGUGGAGGACGUGGAGGAGCUGCUGGAGGAGCUGGCGGAGCAGGAGCAGGGCCACGAGGAGGCAGCCGAUGACUUCGAGGAGUACGUGCUGCAGCACUACGGCGGGGACGGUUUCACCAAGAAGGAGAGUGAGCGGCGCCGAGCGAAGCAGCGGAGCAAACAGCUCCAUGGGCAUGGCCCCCUGCGGGACAGGGACGGCCACCGUGGCAAGGAGAGCAGCCCGCCAGACAAAGGCUAGAGCCGGG